GCAGCCCGGGGCCCGGGUACAGCACUUUUCCGAGUCUGCCCGCCGCGCUAGUGGACACGAAUCGACCUGAUCCAGCAUGACUGAGCGCCGCGUGCCCUUCUCCCUCCUGCGGAGCCCCAGCUGGGACCCUUUCCGCGACUGGUACCCGUCGCACAGCCGUAUCUUCGACCAGGCUUUCGGGCUGCCGCGGCUGCCCGAGGAGUGGUCUCAGUGGUUCGGGGGCUGGCCGGGCUACGUGCGCUCGCUGCCCCCCGCUGCCGCUGCCGCUGCCGCUACAGCUGCCGAACCCGCGCCCGCCUACAGCCGCGCGCUGAGCCGGCAGCUGAGCAGCGGCGUCUCCGAGAUCCGGCACACGCCCGACCGCUGGCGAGUGUCCCUGGACGUCAACCAUUUCGCCCCCGAGGAGCUGACGGUGAAAACCAAGGACGGCGUGGUGGAGAUCACCGGCAAGCACGAAGAAAGACAGGACGAGCACGGCUACAUCUCCCGCUGCUUCACCCGGAAGUACACGCUGCCCCCUGGUGUGGACCCCACCCUGGUCGUCUCCUCCCUGUCCCCUGAGGGUACGCUCACCGUGGAGGCCCCGAUUCCCAAGGUCACACAGUCAGCUGAGAUCACCAUCCCUGUCACCUUCGAGGCUCGCGCUCAGAUUGGGGGCUCAGAGGCUGGGAAGCCUGAGCAGUCUGGAGCCAAGUAGAGGCUGUCCCCCGCUCUGUCCACCCCCGGUAGCUAUCACUGGCCAUCCCUCUCCACCCACCUGUAUGCUCUUUUUUGAUACGUGUAUCUGUUUUUCCUCAAAUAAAAUGGAAGCAAACGCUUA